AUGAAGAACUGGAAAGCCUUGCUGGUAGAUCCAUGUCUCAAUUACUUCCGUCAGCGUGAAAUUCUGACCGGCUAUACAUCCGUUACUACUCGACUCCCCAUGGACCCUGAAAGAGCAUAUCCACCAGUGAAGAUGCUACACGCUCAUCUGGACUUUCUCGUCUCUCGUCUUACAGGUCAUCCACAGUUCCGGGUAUUUCAGGACUUCAUCAUAACGAUUUUGGAACCGUUAUUCGAAUAUUUUCGGCAAAAUCCUGUCUCAAAUGAAGAAGUGAAACUGCACGAAGAUGAUCUGCGAGGUACGGUAUUCUUUCGUGUUUGUCUGAAUGGCUACCCGACAUGCAUUUCAUAUUCGCAAGCUCUCAUGGAGAAACUGAGGAUAUCCUGUGCUAAUGCGAGGCUAAGCAAUCAAACAUGCAAUGCGAUCCCGCCGUACCUCCGUCAACCAAUCUAUGCGACAGCUGUGAUGUAUGGAAGUGACGAUUUGUUCGAGUUUUUGCACAGAAAAUGGGAAAUCGAAGUCUAUCAGACAGAACGCGAGCGAAUUUGGAUUGCUAUGGGAGCCAGCAAGAAGAAGGAACAUAUUCACAGGUAG